UUACGAAAUAAUUGUAGACAGAUUCAAAAAGCAUUCUCAGAAAGAGAUUGUUGUAGUCCUUUUAGGGAACUACAAGUCCCAGACCCGUGUCACUGUCCUGUCGUUCUCCGUGCUGGGGGUUCAGAAAUCUCCUGGAGUUCCUCACCGCUACAGCACACGGGCAGCGUUAUCUACAACCAUUCCAUCGAAAGGGGACUACAGGGAGUGGAAUGUGGAAAAUAUUCAAAAACUGACGGAUACCUUUGUUGCAGAGUGCUGGGACUGAUAGUUCGUCCAGCGCGGAUCUUCUGGAUGGGAAAGAUGGACACGGACGGGCAGUGGUGGAAAAGCCAGCUAGCGGCGGAUAUCCAUCAGGCGCUUCGGAUCAAGGAGCUGAAGCUGCCGGCGUACCGCGCCCACUCCCCCCAGAUCGGGAUGCGGCGCUACUUCGCCGACCUGCUGGCCAUCCUGAGCAACCGCUACCAGCUGUGCCCCACGGCGCGCCACCUGGCCGUGUACCUGCUGGACCUGUUCAUGGACCACUACGACGUGGCCGUCAAGCAGCUCUACAUCAUCGCCCUGUCCUGCCUGCUCCUGGCCAGUAAGUUUGAGGAGAAGGAGGACCGGGUGCCGAAGCUGGAGCAGCUGAACGCGCUGGGCUUCAUGUGCAGCCUGAACCUGGCGCUGAGCAAGCGGGACCUGACGCGCACCGAGCUGCUGCUGCUGGAGACCUUCGGCUGGAACCUGUGCAUGCCCACGCCCGCCCACUUCAUCGACUACUACCUCCAGGCCUCCGUGCAGCAGGCCGACCUGCACAACGGCUGGCCCCUCUCCUCCCUCUCCAAGACCAAAGCCUUCAUGGACAAGUACACGCACUACUUCCUGGAGGUCUCCCUGCAGGACCACGCCUUCCUGAGCUUCCGGCCGUCCCAGGUGGCGGCGGCCUGCAUCGCGGCCUCGCGGAUCUGCCUCCAGAUCGCCCCCAGCUGGAACUCGGUGCUGCAGCUGCUGACGGGCUACACCUGGGAUCACCUGACCCGCUGCAUCGAGCUCAUGCUGCUGGCCCAUGAUAAUGACGUGAAGGAGGCCAACAAGUCAAAAUCCAGCCCUCUUUCCAGCCAGGCUCUGCUGCAUUCUCAGGCCACGCCCCCUCCCUCUUCAGCUUCCUCCUCCUCCUCGGCGUCCCCCUCCCAGCAGCUGCUUUUUCAGACCGGGUCCCACCCUCACCUCUCCCAGCGCUCGGUGCCCGCGGCCCGGCUGCAGUCGCUAGGCGAGCCCCAGGCUCUGGGGCCUAGCGCGGCCUCCCAGGACUACCUCCAGCCCCACGGGGCGGGGCCGCUCUCGGGCUCCGCCUCCGGGGGGGCCUUCCACUCGUACCCGAGCCUGGCGUCGGGGCUGUGCUCGCUGCCCCUCCAGGGGCCCAUCGCCAUGCAGGUGUCCAUCGCGGCCGAGCCGCGCCACUGCCUGGGUGUGGCCUACGGCGGCGGCGGCUACCUGGGCUCGGUCCCGGGCUUCGCCGCUGGCUGCUUCGACAGGUGACGCCAGGAAAGGGACGACGGACUCAGGCUGGGGCCGCCGCCCCCCUCCCGCUCUGUCCCUCACUCCGACAGCGCCCCCCUGCCCUCCCGCCUCAGGCCCGCGCCCCCCUCCCUCCAGCAGAGGCGGCAGAAGCGCAAGAGGAAAUCUGAGAGGGUGACGGUGGACCCCUCUCAGGUCAUCGUGCUGACGUAGACGCGCGCGAGAAGCCGCUACACCGCUACACCGCUUUAACGCCGAUAAAGUGGACCUCGUAACUGCCACCACCUUCUGAAAAAAAAGACGAAACAAAAAAACGACUGAAAACUAGAGCUAUAUUUUUGAUAAUAUGGUUGUAUUUUUUAAAAUACAGAUUUUUUUUUGUAGCACACUCUGGAAUCUUUGUUCAAUUUUCGAGGAGCGACACUGGAGUUAUUUAAACUGCGGCGGACAUGUUUAUGUUCACCAAUCAGGAGGGCGAAAAUCCAGAAGAGUUCCGUUCCCUCUGCUUGCCCUGUGAUUGGGCAGCUCCACAUGCUGUGGGGAGCUCUGAUUGGCCAGCUGUGAGAGCCGAUAGCUCUGGGCCCCUCCCUCCCUCCCUCCUCUGACAUUGCCUGCAAGUCCCUCUCCUCCCUUUGUUCUGGCGUUUGAAAUUCUGAGAUCCUGCCGUCUCAAACGAAUCUCCCGCUCCCCUGGGAAGGUUCGGAAGGCCCUCCUGUGGAAGCAGGGGCCUGAAGGACUGUGGGAAGAAACCUCCAGAAACGCUUCAAAGUCCGUUUCUUGGAGCCUUCGUGGAAGAGGCCUGAGAGUGCGGCUGAAGGUCUCGGUUUUCUUGCCGUUGGCUGAAUCUUUUUUUGUUUUGAAUUCUCCGAUGCUGCUGCCUUAUACAGACUCAUGCGCUGUGUGACCGUGAGACUCGCUCAUCCUCGUACCAGAAGUAUUGUUUACACAAGCCACGUUGAAUCAGGGACUUGAAGUCAGAUUACUUGAAUCCAGUGUCACUAGUGCAGUGGAUGUUAUUUAUGAUUGGGCAUUUGUUUUCUUUGUUAUAUCUUGUAUCCUGUUUGCUUUGGAAUUGGUGUCUGAUUUGUGAACACUGUAGAGGUCGGGGGGAGGGGGGGGUGUGUUGUGACUCUGGUUCUAGUCUAAUGGUCCUGGGUUUAACAGAAAGGUCCGUGUUUGCUCUGCUGAAACCUGAAAAGCAAAAGGAAGACUGAAAACCUUUUGAGAUGUGGAACCUGGUGAGCGGGCCGUUCUGAACGCUCUCAGAAGAAGCUCCAAACUGUCAGCGGCAAGCGUUAGCCCUCAUAUCCUGCCCCCCUCCCCCUCCCCACCCCCCACUGGACUGCCCGAGCUUCCUCUUCCAGUCAGAACCCAAGGGCGUCUCCUCUGUGACAUCACCGGCCAUGUCACCUCUGGAGCUCCAUGCCUGCGGUUCACCGGACCGUGAACCGCUCUUGGAUGUCGCUGGUGACCGAGCGUUUGUGUGCCGGGGUUUGAGCUCUCCGCGGUCGCUGAUCAGGAAGUCAUAGCCCUGGCCUCGUACACUUCCUCUACGGUUACAACGCGUCCAUGGACAGCCCACAGAUAACCUUUGCAUCCAGGAGAGCCGUGAAUCCUAUGGAAGGUGGCCGGUGCUCUCGCGGUUGGCUGACUGCCUCCAUUGACCGCGGUUUCAUGGAGCGCAGAUAAGCAUUUGGCGGGUUUUCGGGGUGCAAAGGUGAGCGUGAGAUCAGCGGCAGUCGCCCCACUUUGCGCCCCGGCGCUCUUUGCUACCUCCCAAAAGCAAAGUCCCCCUCGCCCCCCUCCCCCGUCGGUUCAUUUACACCAGCUGUCACUGUCAUACUGUACUCCCCGUUAUUAAAAAAUCGGGCCGUAAGCGUGAUUGUUUCCAUCGUUUUGGGGUUUCCUACUUGCCCUCUUAGGGUACAAAGUGCAGGGUGAAAAUCGCACCGAGACACUCACCAGGGUAAAAACAAAAAGUCUGGUGGCGAAAGCAGGGCCGGUUCAGGGGUGCGAUUCACUGUAAUGGCAUGCGAUCGUGUCUAUUUCUGGAGCGGGGCAGAGAUGACCCGCCGGUGUGGAGAGCAGAGUCCAGGCUUCAGGCAGGGAGGAGACUUCACCCUCUCGCACCCAGCGUUUGAACUACCUCAAAUUACCCACUGGGCUGUGAUCUCUCACACUGAAACCUUUUUAAAUGCCAGCUUAGUUUGCCCAUGUUCUUAUUUUAGCUUAUUUUAAAGAAACACUGCCCUGAGUCUGUAAGUAUUUAGUAAUUCACUGAGUUUUAGCAAGUCUCCACUUUUUAUAUUUAGAUUUUUUUGUUCAGGCUUACGUUCCGUCUCACUGUGUGUAUAUAUUUUUUAAAAAGUUUAGCGUGUUCCCAGUUGACUUCUCUUGUAACGUUUGUAGAGGUGAAUGAAUUUGGUGCUCAAAGACAACGCACCGCCUUAUUCGAUCACAGAAACUGUUACAAGCCCCACCCCUUAGCAGGAAGUCUCAGGGAGCAAUGUGUCAUCGAUUUAAAAUGUCUGGAAACCCACCUGAACCUUUUAUACUCAUCUAUAACCACUACUUCCUCUUUUAUAACUUAUUUUUUUGGUCAACAGUAGGAUCUUUGAUACAGGAAACCCCGUUUUUAAAAUGUUUUUGCUGCUGGAGGGCAGUGAUAGUUUUUUAAAUGCGAUGUAAUUGUUGCAUAUUGCAACCAUCUUGAAGAGCUGCCGCUGUCUCUUGGACUGAUGGGACGAACUUAGAGCAUGUAUCUGAAUGAGUUUUCAUUGUAUUUUAGGGGUUGUGACCAAAGAUGAGGGUCCCUUUAGACAAGAGAGAUUUAAAUAAAGUGACACAAGAAACCACAAUUUAACUCUGCCAUAAACACCUGCUUUAUUUA